UAGACACUAAUUAAGCAUCAUGAGAACAUGCCCAUUAAUGUUGUUAUGUUUAUUUCUAGUUUUAGUUGUUUGCGCGAAAUCGGACCCAGAUCCGCUUCAAGACUACUGCGUGGCAGCAACGCAGAGUUCGCAAACAUUUUUUGUAAAUGGGGCUCCUUGCAUAAACCCCGCCAACGCUGCACCUUCUCAUUUUACUACCACUGCAUUAUCAAAACCUGGGAAUACCGCCGCAAAUCCAUUGGGGUUUAAUGUCACGCUUACAAACAUUCGAAAUCUUGCUGGGAUGAACACCCUCGGGCUAACAAUGGCCCGGGUUGAUAUAGCUGGAAAUGGGCUGGUUCCACCCCAUACACAUCCACGUGCAUCAGAAGUAACCAUACUCAUUAAGGGCUCGCUCCUUGUGGGAUUUGUUGACACUUCAAAUCGCCUUUUCACACAACAAUUACGCGAGGGAGACUCUUUUGUUUUCCCCAAAGGUUUAAUACACUUUUUGUAUAACCUUGAUUCAAAGGCACCGGCUUUAUCCGUUUCUGGACUAACUAGCCAAAAUCCUGGUGCACAACUUGCUUCAGCCGCUACAUUCACUACAAAACCGAGUAUCCCUGAUGAUAUUCUAAAAAAAGCAUUCCAAAUUAAUGGUCAAGAUGUGUCAAGGAUACGUAAAAACUUGGGUGGUUGACGCAUACUCUCUGUUCUGUGUAUCUAUGUAUCCGUUGAUUACCAAACAAAUUCAAGAUUUUCAACAUUUGUAUUUGUGUUCUAUAAGAUAAAUGAGUUAGGAAAAAAAAAAAAACAAAACUUUGGUACCUCACAAAAAGCUUAAAAAAAUGGUCAUUAUCUAAUCACUCGUUAUAAAUAACAUAACUUUCUUAGAGUAAGAUAAUCCAUGUGUAUGCAUGGUUGUGUGUAAGUGAUGAUUACCUAUAUAGUCCUCAUGAGAGUUAUAAAUCUCACCUUGUAUUCUUCUUCUAACUAUAAUAUUACAUGAGUUUCCUUUUUCAUGA